AUGGCAGCACUCACAAGGAAGCUCUGUUUUUACAAGAAUGAUGUCACGAGGGUCUGCAGCAAUCCGAUGCGGCGGUGGGUAUACCAUUAUUUGUUUGGCGGCGCCGUACUGGGCGGUGGGGCGUAUGUCUGGGGGCGGUACCAGCUGGCCGCAUGGGAGGCGGCGCGCCACCCAGAGAAAGGCAAUUGGCUUUGCUCCACAGGCAUGCUGGAACUUAUGCUUCUUCUUCCCUUCAACUACUUUUCCUAUGUAUUUGGGCGCUUCAGUGAGAGUGCAUACUUUGCUGAACCAUUUCACCGGCUCAUCAUCAAGGCCAUUGUGUGGUGGUACGGCAUUGACAUGUCCGAGGCGAAGCAGCAGGAGUUCGCUACACUCCAAGACUUCUUUGUGAGGGAGUGGAAGAGCGAUGCGCGGAAACUUGCGGCAGCUCCUGUGCUUGCACCCUCUGAUGGAAUUGUGCUGUCUGCUCAAGACAACGUAGUUGAAGAGCAGAUGGUUCAGGUCAAAGGAAUGACGUACAGUAUACGGCGGCUCCUCCACCGCGACAUGGGGCCGGUGGCGGAGGGAGAGAAACGUGUGGCGAUUGUUGUGCACCUCCGCGUGCGCGACUAUCAUCAUGUGAUCGCUCCGUGCUCAUUCAACUGUAGCGAAGUCGCGUACAUUCCUGGGUCACUGCUGCCGCACACCCCGGCGGGGUAUCACUGGAUUCCCUCGCUCCUCCCGUUGAACGAGCGAGUGGUCCUCUUAGGGCGAGCUGACAACAACAGGAAUAAUGAAACUAAUAGAAGCAGCAGUAGCAGCAGCAAUGGUAGCAAUAUCGGCCUGGCAUUGGUAGGUGGUACUCUGACAGGCCGCAUCGCAAUUCACUUUGACGCUCGCAUUCAGACAAACUUCUUAAACCCACCAGAGUAUGCUGUCCACCGGCGGUAUGCCAGUGAUCCGCUGCUGUGUAAGGGAGUUCCACUCUCUACCUUCUACUGGGGGUCCUCGGUCGUGCUAGUCAUUGACGUGCCACAGCACGCCUCCUUGUCCGUUAAGGCAGGCGAUGUCGUGAAGGCCGGGGAGGCGCUGAUCACAUACUAA